AUGCAUCGAUAAUACUAAUCUGGAAAUAAAUCAUAAUUAACAAAUUCUAGAAAUUUGGGAUUGCAUUAAGAUAAUACUUCAGAUGAAUUCCUCUCAGCUAUAUAAGGUGAUGACACUCUUCAUCUGGAUGAUAAUCAGCUGCCAAGAAAUUCAUAUCAAAACAACAAUUCUUAACUAAUCAUUCCCAAUGACUUAUAACUCUCUAGAAUUGACCACAAGAACGAUUAAUAUCAGAUCUCUCUAGAUGACCUUUCUGGCGUAAAUGCUGCAUCAGGUUUCAAUAGGAAAGAGGAGAGAGUUAAAAAUUAGAUUGUCUAAUUUGUUCUUGAUAGAAUACUUUAUGAAUAAGUUAUCCCAUAGAUGAUAUAAGAUAUGGCUAGAAGUUCAAUCCUAAAUUUUUAAACUUUGAAUAAAAGCAAUCAGAUCAUACUAACGCAAAAAGCAGAUGAGAUUUAUAAUGAUGAUAUUUUGCCAAAGGUUUUGGUAUAAUUCCUAAAUGAAUUCAUGAAUGUCACUGAUUAAUCUCAUGCUGCAGAGAAAGCAUUAAAAAAGUAUGUUGACGAAAAUGUAAUAGAGAAUGUAAACUUUAUAUUAUGCUCUGAGAUUUGGAAUGAUUGUCUUUUAAUACCACAUUUAAUGAAAGAGGAUCCUAAUAUCUGUGUUUCAAAUAUGAUAAAUGAUUUCACUAAGGAAUUAGUAAUAGACUUGUAUAAUAAUCGGGCUAAUUUUUAGUAAGUAGAAAAAUCUAAAUAAUAGUAGUAGCUAGUACCCCAAUCUUAUGCAGUAAAGCCUAAAAAGGAAAAAGUCAAUAGUAGCCAAUUUUCUAAUAACUUUGAAAUUCAUAAGUAUGUGGAGGAUAAUUUGGUUUAAAAUUUUGUCAUUGAGGAGGUAGAAGAUAUUGUUAUCAACAUAAUGCAAGAAAUUUAGUUUCAAAGCAAAAAGAUUCCAUAAAUAAUUUCUCAAGAAAUCUAUGAUGAUUUAUUGCAAGAUUAAAUUAGAGUAACUUCUUAGUAAGUAAUGAAGAAAGAGAGAUUACUUAUCAAAGGAGCAGACAGCUUUUUCUAGAUGUUUAUUUAAGAGGAAAUGGGAGAUUUGAUUAUAGAGGUAAUUGAGUCUAGUAAAAUUUCUCCUUAAAAAUAUUCAGAAGAUGCAGUGACUUAAGUGUAGGAGAAGCUGAUUCAAUAAAUGUUUAGAGAGUGUUCUGUAAAAGCUGAAAACUAAAUGAUUUAGAAAAAGAUAGUUCAUGAAAUGGUUGAUGUAUAAAUGGAUAUGCUUAUUACAUCUUUAGUUUAAGUCAAUUUAGUUUAAAUAAAAAAUGAUUAGAUAGCCCAGCAAAGAUCUAUAGAUACCUUAAUAUCAGAUGUAAUCUUUAAUUAGAUUUCCGAUGUAAUUUUUGAUGCUAUGAAAAAUGAAAAGAAGCUGAUAAUUGACUCAGAAAAUGUUAUGGAAUAACUAGUGCAAGAUUAAGUUGUAUUGCUAGCUUAGGAAGGUAUUGAUGAUGAGAUAGCAUAAGAAGAGUAUGAUGGUAUAAUUGAUAAAAUAAUUGAGUUUGACAUCUGGAGAGAUACUGUAAAGGAUUUAAAACUUGAGGAGGAAGGGAUAUUUGCACUAUUAGAGGAUUGGACUGAUGCUUUUACUGGAGAAUUUUUUAUUGACAAUUUUACUGAGAUAAAGAAUGAAUAUCUGAGAGGAUACAAGGAGCAGAUCACUAAACUAGAAAAUGAAUCUACUAUAAUACCAUAGCAAUAAUAGAUUCAAAAUAUAAGCUACAAUAUAAUUUCUAAUCACUCAAGAAAGAAUGAUUAUUAAGUACAAUCUCUAAAUACUUCGUAGAGAGUUGAUGGCAUGAAUAACACGAGAUUUUAUGAUAUAGCAAGUCAAAGCGGACAUAAAGGGAAUCAAAGUAAAAUUGCUAGUUUUAGAGGAGCAUCUGCCAUAGGAAGGAAAAUGAGUUCUACGAACUCUAAUAAUCAGUUCCUUAAUAAUACUAGUUAGUUUUAGUCUGUCAAUUCUGAUGGAUUUUAUGAUUGCAAUAAUGAAAAUUUCAUUGAUGCUGAGGAACAAGAAAUAAUCAAAGACUUUGAACACAGAAUCACAUAAUAAGAAUAAGCAUAUGGGCAAGGGAACUAUGGAAAUCAAGCAGUUGAUAAUAGCAUAAUCAAACUUAAUAAAAUAUAAAGUGACUUUGAUUUCAAUGAAGAACUUGAAUUCCAAAUGGAAAGAUAGUCUGACUACUCUUAAACAAAGAAAAAUAUUUAAAAGGUUCAAGCUAACUAUCUUAAGCAGCCAACAUUUGAGACUUAAACUGACAUAAUGGAUGAAACUCUCUAAAAUCUUGAGAUAGAUGAGGGUACGAUGAAAUCUCCACAUCAUCAAAACUACUAUAUCAUUCCUCAAAUAAAGUCUCUUGAUUUUCUGAACAUUAGACAAAUGAACUUUAAGAAUUACUUUUAAUCAUCUAAGAUUAUAUCUAACAACCAAUAGGUUCAGAGGGCAAAUGCACCUGUUAUGCUUCCAGUCGAUUCUUAGGCAAUAGAUGUUUUAUGUGUUAACUGCUAUGAAUGUGUAAAAUUUGAUGAAGUAGAUAUUCAUUCAAUUGAAUGCCUUAAAAACUAAGAACUAUUAAUGAAUUCAAAAAUCUAAUCUCCUGACAAAAAUUCUAUCUAUGAUUAUUAUAUGCAUAAGUAAUCAUCAGGAGUUAAAGAAGUAAGUGACUUCCCAAUUGAACUUUAGGCUUAUCUUAAUCAAGACGACAUGAUGAGAGUAGAUUUAGAAAGAAGCUAUAAUUUCCAAGAAGGCAAAUAUGUCAUAAAUUAGCAGAAAUCUGAUGAAUAAUUAUUCAAAAUUAAGGAGGAAAGAGAAUAUAUUUCUGAGCUUAAUGAAAGAAUAUUUAAGCUUCAUAAAGCUAUAAAAGAAAAACAACUUGAAGAAUAGUAGUUUGUUAGACAGUCGAAAACUAACGAUCUUAAUAUCAUGAGACACUUAGAUAACUUAGAGCAGCUCACAAUGAGUAUUUUCACUAACAAUACAAAUAUAAGAGAAAUUGAAAUGAUGGGUUCUGAACUCAUUGACAAAAUUAGAGGAUUUAAGCCAUAAAGUACUAGAGAAUUAAGUAUUCAGAUUACUUCAAAGAGGCUCCAGCAAUUAAGUUUGGAAAAAAUUUAAUCUCUUAAGACCUAUAAUGAACUUAUGGGAUACAAAGAAGAAGAACAGUAUGAACUAUUCUCACAGGUAGAUGAUCAUCAAAUGAAUAAUCUUACCCAUUAAAUUUAUGAUGAAGAAUAUAUUGAUAAGCAUCCUCCACCAAGAUCAUAUUCCUAAUCCCCAGAUGCAAAGUAGAGAAUUUAGGAUUAAAUCUUCAAGUCACCUUAGCCCAAAACAGAUCAUAUUAACUUGAUAUCUGCAGACUAAUUCAUGUAUUUGGAUGAGGAGUAAAAGAAAUAAAAAGCAGAGCUUGAAGUUUGGAGAAACUUACAUAAUGAGAUACUUAAAAAUUACCUUAUGACUAAGGGACCACUUGUCUAAAAUAAGCAUAUCUAAGAAAUCAGUUCAGAUGUCAGCAGCAAAAACGAUCAGAUAUCUGAUAAUUCCAGUCAAUUCUCAUCAAACACUGGUGGGGCAUCUUCAGUAGGGUCUUUGUUCAAUCAAAACUUCUAGCAGACUAAGUCUUUAGCACCAGGUCUAAAUUAUAAAGGCCUCUCACCAAACAAUAAUCAAAACUAAGAUAAUUAGGAUAUGGAAUUAUUGAAUGAGGCUGAAGAAGCUCUUAAAUUCAAGGAAAAUGAAGAUCUAAAGAGACAUUUCUACACUCUUGCUAUACACAAUUCUAAGAAAAUUCUUAAAAGUGUUCCUUAGGGACAGAUUCUCAAAAAUCUCUACAAUAAAUCAAAGGAGUUGAGAGUCGAAGUUGCUGAUUGGGAAAACUUCAUUUAAAGAGAGUUCAAAUAUCUAAGAAGCUCGGUAUAAUUGGUUUGA